CAGCCAUACCUCAAACCAGUCCGAAUCUACUGGCCUUCAAAAAAAAAAAUCCUUUUCCUGAUGCACGCGGUCCAAUGCUCCAGAGAUUCCAGCGGACCCCAGGCAAAGGACCAUACUGGGCUCCCACAGCCCAAGGGAGCCACGCUGAAGCAGGUCACUUCCGCGUCGCUAGCGCACUUCCGCCGACUCGGGGCAGUGCGCUUCCGCUCCCGCUCCCGCCUGCGCUCCCACGUCCCGCCCGCUCCCUACGCUUGUCCCCUACUUUGGGCUUGCCCAGCCCGGAUCAUCUCGGUCUGGCCAUGGAGCCGUCAAAGGAGCUCAGGGAGAGAAAGUCACGUCAGGAGCCCCACCAGUGACCCCGAGGCCCCACGGCGAGCUGUCAGGAUGGGGUGGUCCGAGAGCCGGGCGCAAGCAUCGGCCGCCCAGUCCCCUCCUGAAAGACCCCGAUGUGCCCGCGGGCCUGGGGGGCGCAGCCUCCGCGCCUCGCCUGCGCCACACGGGCCGCCUCCAUGCCACGCCGGGCUCGCAGAGAAUGCUGUCCUCGGUGGAGCCCGCACCCCGAGCCCCAGAGUCCCGGGCAGGCCACGUGCGCCCCGGCCGCGUGUGCGCGCCCCGCCCCGGGGGAGGAGCUGGCCGGCUCCGGGCCACUUGGCCAGAGCGGCUGCGGCGGGAAGCAACCCGCGUCCCCGGCUUUCUCUCUCCCCGCGUUCCCGGCCUCUCCUCGGUCCUCCUCGUCGCCGCCGUCUCUCCAGUCGGGGACGCCAACUUGGCGGCUCAGGCCGUGGGACCGGCCGCCUUGUAUCCCGGGAGUGGGUAGCAGAGCUCUCGGCCCUUGCCCUGAACAAGGACCUUUGCGGGUCAGCCUCCAUCUCGGCUUUGCCGGCAGGGGGCGAACGGUGGUCGGGAGCAGGGGGUCCCGACUGGCCGGCGGGGCUGGGGGACGUCCAGCUGCUGUCCUGCCCCAGGAAGCGGGAAGGGGGCCACAGCUCCGCAGGCGCCCGGGCUGCCGCGCCCUUGGCAGGGGUCAAGUCCACCUUCCUGAGAAGGACGACUCUCCCGGUGCCGGGAGCUUCCACAGCAGCACCCCGCCCGCGGGGCACCUUGAGAGAAAUUCUUGGCUGGUAACCCCGAAGCUGACUGGGAGAAAGGACCUGGGAGAACUGGAGAAAACCCGCCGGAUUCAGACUCAACUGAAUGAGAGAUAACGCUACCUGGCAACAACCAACUUUUGCAAAACACACACACAGACUUGCACCCUUUGCUGGACCCAUGCUCCAACCUUUGCCCCCAUGACCAGCUGGAUAUUUCUCCUCAUGCCUACAGCCAAGAACCCUGGCUAACAGCAUAGAAACAAGAUGCUUCAACAGGUUAAUGGCCAUAGUUCAGGCUCUGAUGCCCAAGGCAGAGAAUGCCUCGGGAAAGACCUGCAAGAGUUCCUGAGUGGAGAGACCCCACUGCACCAGCUAGACGACCUCACCAAAGUGAAUCCUGUGACUCUGGAGACAGUCCUGAGGUGUCUGCAGGUCCGGUACUCGGCAGACACGUUCUACACCAAUGCUGGCUGCACUCUCGUGGCUCUGAACCCCUUCAAGCCCAUCCCCCAGCUGUACUCCCCAGAGCUGAUGAGAGAAUACCAUGCUGCUCCUCAGCCUCAGAAACUGAAGCCCCACAUCUUCACUGUGGGUGAACAGACCUAUAGGAAUGUCAAGAGCCUGAUCGAACCUGUCAAUCAGUCUGUUAUCGUCAGUGGAGAAAGUGGUGCUGGAAAGACAUGGACAUCCCGCUGCCUGAUGAAGUUCUACGCUGUGGUGACCACCUCACCCACUUCCUGGGAAGGCCACAAGAUUGCUGAGAGGAUCGAACAACGGAUCUUGAAUUCCAACCCUAUCAUGGAAGCUUUUGGGAAUGCUUGCACACUGAGGAAUAACAACAGCAGUCGCUUUGGGAAGUUCAUCCAGCUCCAGCUGAACAGGGCCCAGCAGAUGACUGGAGCUGCAGUCCAGACCUACCUCCUAGAGAAAACUCGAGUGGCCUGCCAGGCCUCCAGUGAGAGGAACUUCCACAUCUUCUACCAGAUUUGCAAAGGAGCCAAUAUGGAUGAGAGGCUCCAGUGGCACCUCCCCGAGGGAGCAGUCUUCUCCUGGCUGCCCAACCCAGAGAGGACUUUGGAAGAGGAUUGUUUUGAGGUGACCAGAGAGGCCAUGCUUCAUUUGGGCAUCGACACUCCCACCCAGAACAACAUCUUUAAGGUUCUAGCUGGACUGCUGCACCUUGGCAACAUCUGGUUUGCAGACUCUGAAGAUGAGUCCCAGCCCUGCCAGCUGAUGGACAAUGCCAAGGGCUCUAUCAGAACAUCAGCCUUGCUGUUGCUGCUUCCAGAAGAACCACUACUGGAGACUCUGCGGAUUAGAACCAUCAGGGCAGGCAAGCAGCAGCAGCAGGUGUUCCGGAAACCCUGCUCCCAGGCUGAGUGUGACACCCGCAGAGACUGUCUGGCCAAAUUGAUCUACGCACGGCUAUUUGACUGGCUGGUAUCAGUGAUCAACAGCAACAUCUGCGCAGACCCUGACUCCUGGACCACUUUCAUAGGUCUGCUAGAUGUGUACGGGUUUGAGUCAUUUCCCGACAACAGCCUGGAACAGUUAUGUAUCAACUACGCCAAUGAAAAGCUGCAGCAGCACUUUGUGGCUCAUUAUCUAAAGGCUCAGCAGGAAGAGUAUGCAGUUGAAGGCCUGGAGUGGUCAUUUGUCAACUACCAGGACAACCAAGCCUGCUUGGAUCUCAUCGAGGGGAGCCCCAUCAGUAUCUGCUCCCUCAUAAAUGAGGAAUGCCGCCUUAAUCGGCCAAGCAGUGCAACCCAGCUCCGGACACGGAUAGAGAGUGCCCUGGCAGGCAGCCCUUGCCUGGGCCACGACAAGCUCAGUCGGGAACCCAGCUUCAUUGUGAAACACUAUGCAGGGCCUGUGUGCUACCACACUGCAGGCCUGGUGGAGAAGAAUAAGGACCCCGUUCCCCCUGAGCUGACACAGCUCCUGCAGCAGUCCCAGGACCCCUUGCUCAAGGUGCUGUUUCCCACUGACCCAGAGGAGAAGUCCCCAGAGGAGCGCUCUGGCCAGAGCAGAGCCCCUGUACUAACAGUGGUGUCCAAGUUCAAGGCCUCCCUGGAGCAGCUUCUGCAGGUCCUGCAUAGCACUACACCCCACUACAUUCGCUGCAUCAAGCCUAACAGCCAGGGCCAGGCACAGACCUUCAUCCAGGAAGAGGUUCUGAGCCAGCUGGAGGCCUGUGGCCUAGUGGAAACCAUCCACAUCAGUGCUGCUGGCUUCCCCACCCGGGUCUCUCAUCAGAACUUUGUGGAACGAUACGCACUGCUGAGAAGGCUCCUUCCUCGAGUACCACUUGGCCCCCACAGCCCAUCUGAAGAGCGUUCAGGAAGUUCUCCACUGGCAGAGGCCAUGCUACAACCUCUCCUCCGGGACAUCCUUCACACUCUGCCAGCCCUAACUCUAGCUACCUCAGGGGACCCACCCGAGGCCAUGCCAACCCCAGUGCACUGUGGCAAGACCAAGGUGUUCAUGACUGACUCCAUGCUGGAGCUUCUGGAACACGGACGUGCCCAGGUGCUAGAGCAGUGUGCCCAUUGCAUCCAGGGUAGCUGGAGGCGUCACCAGCGCCGCAAGCAGGAGAGGCAACGGCGGGCUGCCGUGCUCAUCCAGGCAGCCAUUCGCUCCUGGUUAAUCCGGAAACAUAUCCAGAAGCUACACACAGCUGCUACGGUCAUCAAACAGGCAUGGCAGAGAUGGAGAAGCAGAAUGGCCUUCCUCGCUUCUAAAGAACUGGAUGGAGUAGAAGAGAAAUACCUGCAAGUUCCCCAUUCCCAGAGCUCCUUCCCACUGUCCCAGGCACAGACCAAGCUCCAGGGGGCAAUAUUCCGCCUCUGGCCUCUGGGGCUGGUCCUGGCCAGUGCAGAUGUGGGCACUAGAAGUUUUCAGAGGAAACUGGUGGUCUGGGCUUGUCUUCAGCUCCCCCAGCAAAAACACAGCAGCUGUACUGUACAGACAGCACAGGAACAAGAUGGAAUCACAUCCAUCCGAGCACUGCCUCAGGGAUCAAUAAAGUUUCACUGCAGAAAGUCUCCACUGCGCUAUUCUGAUAUCUGUCCUGAACCUUCACCUGACACUGUUACUGGUUUUAAUCAGAUUCUGCUGGAAAGAAAUAGACUGGGCCACGUGUGAUCUCUUCUCAACUUCCACUCUCAUCUGGCCAGGUGAUUCUAGGUGCCUUUGUUCCUACAAAGCCUUUUCCUGCCAGCUGCCUUGCCAAAGACAUUUAAUCAGCACACACCUGCCAAAUUACUCCCACAGGGAAACCAAGCACCAUGAAACCUUCCAGGCUGCAGCUGGGAAUACACCCAUGGGCCUUGGGCUCCAACCUGCAUCUCAAACACUGGCAGGAACUUUUGACUACUUUUACAGAUAAAACUCAAGACUUGAGUGUUGUCCAUCACUACAAGUGGGGCACCUGACCCCUAGGCCUGCCAGUCUCACAAACAGAACAGUCAAAAUCAGUUCUAAAUGUUUGGCUGGGAAUAAACUUUGCAUUUAGUUCCUUACAAAGGAAAAAAGCAUUCCUAUUUAAUAUUAUGCUGAUUUAUUUAAUGUAAUUUCAAUCAGUCCUAUUAUGCACCAAGGAUAAGUAACACAUUGUAUAACCAUAAUUUUAUUUAGUAAUACUGAGCAAGUUUUAACUCAAAUGAGAAUGGAACUUACAAAUAAUAUAUAUGAUGUCUAUUAUCUUAACUGUACCAAAAAUAAAACAUAAAAGCAGCCA